AUGGAUGACUCAAAUUGCAUUCUUCUCACUCAUGAUGCCUACACCGUCGGCUGGGUUUGUGUUCUGGACUCCGAGCAAGAUGCCGCCAGGGCUCUCCUAGACGAACUGCACACCCCACCACCUACCCCUCGCGAUGAGAACUCAUACAUUGUCGGCCGCAUGGGGAAGCACAACGUCGUCAUUGCUAGACCUACUGGCCAAGGAAAAGCCAAUGCUGCUGACGCUGCGGUGAACAUGACUCGUACAUUUCCCCAGAUCCGCUUUGGAUUGCUGGUAGGUGUUGGUGGAGGCGCCACAGACUCCCCUGACCCCUACGUUGGAAGGAGAGACAUUCGGCUCGGAGAUGUUGUUGUCAGCAAGUCUCAGGGAGAGCAUGGCGGAAUUUUUCAGUACGAUACGGGUAAAAAGUACCCUGAAGGGUAUAAAAUUAUAUCACACCUGGACAAACCGAAAUCUGCUUUGAUCGCGGCGGCAAAUUUGCUCCGAUCAAACCACACUUUCAAGAGGGGGAACAUGGAAAAGUAUGUACAGGAUACAAUUGCCAAACUCCGGGAUCUGGAUAUGCCAUACUUUGACUUUCCGGGUCGCGAACACGACCUGCUGUUCCGGGCAGAAUAUCGCCAUCCUGACCAAAACGAGGAUUGUAACAACUGUGACCGAACACAAAUAGUAGAUCGGGCCCCGCGGCCGAGAGUCGGUCCCUCCGUCCAUUAUGGCCUCAUUGCAUCUGCGGACCUCACUAUUCAAGACCCAGUGUUCCGGGAUGAGCUUCGCAAGUCUAAAAAAGUACUGUGUUUCGAGAAGGAGGCGGCGGGCCUGAUGGAUCGCUUCCCAUGUAUUGCCAUCCGGGGCAUCUCGGACUAUGCGGACACUCAUAAGUGCAAGAAGUGGCAGCCGUAUGCUGCUAUAACUGCUGCGGCCUAUGCAAAGGAUCUAUUGGCGGUGAUUCAGCCUCAUGAAAUUGCUGAGGAUGCAGCGGCGGCGAAAAUUCUUGAACAAUACACCGAAUACCGCCACAAAAUCCUGGAUUGGCUCUCUACAUUGGAUUUCAAAACCGAGCAGGAAGAUCUGUUUGGCAGAUCCGUGCCAACUGGAGGGUGGCUGCUUGAAUCCGAUGUAUUCAGGCGUUGGGCCGAAGGCAGUCGCUGGCAACUUCGAUGUUACGGCGAGGCUGGCACAGGCAAGACCAAUCUCUGUGCUAUGGUGAUUGACCAUCUCCAAAAGGCUUUUGUUUUGCGAAGGCCAGUCAUCUACCUAUAUCUAAGUGAUGAUGAGCAUAAACGAGUCCAACAAACUCCAGAUCGUCUUCUAGGUAGCAUGCUAAAGCAGCUAAUUUCGUGUGAUCCCAACGUCGAUAUACCAGAGAAGCUCGUAGACGCGUACGAGGGCCGUGGCAACGGAGCACAUUCGACUAGCCAAAUUAUGAAGCAAGCGUUUCAGGACUUAGUAGCCAAACAGAGUCGUGUAUAUCUUAUAGUUGACGGUUUGAACCAAUGCUCGCCCGAGGUCUCAGAACUUAUCAAGGAAUAUGCCCUAGGGCUUGUUCAGGAUGGCCUUCCCUUGAGCCUUCUCACCACCUCGCUGGGAUACCGAGAAGUUAAAAGAACAAUUUUCUGCAAUCACUGCGGCAGACAAAACCUUCCGAUGUACGUUCACUGUGAUUGCCAUGAUGGACGAUUUGACUUGUGUCUGGACUGCAAACAACAAGGAAUCACCUGUCCCAAGAACCACAUUGGUGAGGAGCCAUAUGACACAGUGCAAAUAGAGGUACGCGCGCGACAUGACGAGCUCGUAGAAUAUUCUCACAAGAUGAUCAGUCGGACAUUGAAAACGGGCCGCGAUCGACGGGAUGAGCGCGUUCAUCCGUUGCCGAAGUACAACCCCCGGCCUGUUGCGCGAUACCUACGUGAUAAGCCCGGCCUAGUUAAUCGCAUUUCUCGGGAGAUUGCAAGGAACGCGCAAUGCAGUUUUAUCAUUGCGCAGGCUUGGCUACAGAACUUGUUAGAGCGUGACACGGAGCCAGGGGAUGACGAAAAGCUACUUUGCUUUCUAGACAACAUACCAGUGGAACCUUUGACCGCGUACUUAAAUGAGCGGAUUGCGAAGCUUAAAAGGUACAAGAAAGCGAGCGAGCUACGCGUAGCAUUCACGACGCUUACCUUGGUUAUGUCGGCUUGUCAGCCCCUGACCCUACCGCAAUUGCAGCAUGCGUUGGCCCUCAAAAGUCCUUCAGGGCAAGUCGUAGAGUCAAACCUAGCCGACAGAGUUUUCAUUUUGAAGUCAACAAACGGGUUAAUUACCAUAGAAAUUGGUGACGAGUCGCACUCUUUCGUGUAUUUCUUUCACAGUACAUUGCGAACUAUAUUCGCCGGAAGUGGCCAUCACCCAUUUUUAAGGCGUGCAGAGUACAAAAUGGCGAAGGUCUGCCUGAAGUAUUUACAGGAUGAGCAGUCUUUGAAACAUUAUGAGAAUAUCACGGCGUAUCCUUUUCUGUCCUACGCUCUAGAGUUUUGGGGAGACCACGUUCGCAAAGCGCAUGAUGUACGGAUUGAGAAGGCAGCGCUUCAGUUCCUCAACGAUCCUGUUCGUUUUGCACGGCUCACCCAAGAAGCCGCAAAGUGUGGUCCAAAGGGAUCUGAGUGGAUCCAUGAAGCUAUGGACAUUCUUCACCUUUGUGCUUGGUUUGGUUUAACCAAUCUGGUCACUCUCCUGAUUGCCGAAAACCAUGAUGUCGCCAUACGGGAUCAUAAAUAUAGCCGUACCCCCUUACGAUACGCUUGCAUCAAGGGCCAUGACGAGACGGUCAAAGAAUUAUUGAAGCACAACACUCCUGUAGAGGAGGAGGCAGUAGUCGACGCUAUGUGUGGCUUAACUUGUGCGAAUCACCUGCAGAGCGAACAGGAGAGGCGGCGAAAGAUUGUUGAAGGACUUCUGGAGACAGGCAAUAUUGAUGUCAAUACCAGAUUAGGCGCAAAGAGCCGAACGAUGCUCACGCUUGCGGUGGGACACGGUCAUUAUGACUUCGUUAAGGUGUUCCUAAGCCAUAAAUUAAUCGACGUCGACGCUCAGGAUUUGAAUGGCUGUAGUGCAUUAUCGUUUGCGGUAUAUUCAGAGGAAGGUGUUCCUAUCGACAGUUUCGAUGCAGUGGCAGAUCACGUAUACAUUCCACGUUGCGAACUUUUCAACGAUAUAUGCUACGAGGAAUACAGGUGCCAGGGGCUUGUCAAAUUGUUAUUGCAACAGGGUGCUAACCCAAACGUGAGAGACAAUGCCAGUAACUCGACUCUGGUAUUGGCCAUCAGGCUGGGCGCGCUGGAUACUGUAGAAACCCUACUCAAGUGCCAGCGGUUAGAUCUGCAGGCUGAGAAGGAGCUUAUCCACACUGCGAGCGCAAUGGGACAUCCAGAGAUUAUCCGCUUGCUCCACUCAGCCCUUUCGCAGACCAACAACAUCCAUGUCUAUAACAUAAAUGCUCGGGACGAACGGGGACUGACACCACUACACUAUGCUAGCCUUUCGAGAUGUGCACGCGCGGGUGAAGUAACAGAGGUGCUGGUCGAGCUGGGCGCAGAUCCCAGCCUUACAGAUGCUAGGGGCUGUACACCAUAUAUGAUGGCUUCCCUGCUUCAACACGUGCAAGUCAUAGAGGCGCUACAGAGCAAACCCACAUCACACAAUAGCGAAACGAGAAGCAUGCAAGAUCUUCCUGCUUUAACCCUCGCGAAGCAUGGUCACUGGGCAUUGCUUCAAGAAAUAAUUACCAUCGGGAGGGCUGACCUUACAUAUAAAUGCAUGUUGACUGGUGAUACCCUGCUACACAUGGCAACGGCAGCCAAUGAAACUGAUAUCCUGCGUUUGCUUCUUAUUAAAAGUAAAUUGCGGUCAGACGGCACAGUCAAUGAGCAAGGGCAUACGCCACUGCAUCUGGCAAGAAGUGUGGAAAUCGCCAAGUUAUUAGUCGAGUACGGCUACCAAGUUGACGCAGUGGAUUUCAAUAAUAAUACACCAUUGGACAUUGCGCGUCGACAGCCUAGAACCCGUAAUGUCGCUCAUUACCUUGAAAAUGUACUGGGGAUGUCCGAGAAAGAGCACCAUAUGGAGAUACGGGAGCAAAAGACUAAAGUUACACUUAGUGCUUAG